AUUGGCACUCGCUCCCCCAAAAGGAGGAGUUAACUGUAUGUCUCCGUCAGCAGAGUGACUGCUGUUCUCUCUCUCUCCUGCUCCAGUAACUGGAGGUGCAAGUACCUUCCUCACCAACCUCAACUCCAUUUCUCUGAAGCUCUGGGCUGUGUUCUGCUGCUACAGCCAUGGCACCCAAAAAGAACAAGGCGACCAAAAAGAGUAAAGGAGACAUAAAUGAAAUUACUUUAAUGGUCGAGGACAGUCCCGUCAACAAGAUCAACGGGCUAAACACCUUGUUGGAAGGAGGAAACGGCUUAAAUUCCAUUUCAACGGAGGUCACUGAUUCUGUGUAUGCCCCGAACCUGCUGCAGGGUUUGUGCAGCAUGAGGCAGGACAGCUUCCUCUGCGAUCUAACGGUCGGCACCAAGUCAAAGUCGUUUGAGGUCCACAAGGUUGUCAUGGCCUCCUGCAGCGAGUACAUUCGAGGCAUCUUGAAGAAGGAUUCAUCCCUCCAGAAGAUCGACUUGAACGACCUCUCCCCGGUCGGCCUCGCCACAGCGAUUACGUACGCAUACUCUGGAAAGCUCACCCUGUCGCUGUACAGCAUCGGUAGCACUAUCGCCGCCGCGAUGCUGCUGCAGAUUGGCACCUUGGUGAAGAUGUGUAGUGAUUUCCUCAUGCAGGAGCUCAGCGUGGAGAACUGCAUGUAUGUGGCCAACAUCGCCAAUGCUUAUGACCUCAAAGAAAGCAAGGAUGCAGCUCAGAAGUUCAUGCGCGAGAACUUCAUUGAGUUCUCCGAGAUGGAGCAGUUCCUGAAGCUCACCUAUGAGCAAAUCAGCGUUUUCCUCUCAGACGACUCCCUGCAGCUUCCCUCCGAGAUCACAGCCUUCCAGAUCGCCAUGAAGUGGUUGGACUUUGACGAGAAGAGAUUGAAGUACGCGGCGGAGCUCCUGACUCUCAUCCGCUUCGGCACUAUCUCUGCCCAAGACCUGGUAAAUCAUGUCCAGAAUGCCCCCAGAAUGAUGCAAGACCCGGAGUGCCACCGUCUCCUUGUUGAUGCCAUGAAUUACCAUCUACUGCCAUACCAACAGAACAUCCUCCAGUCACGCAGAACAAAGGUACGCGGUGGCCUCAAGGUGAUAUUAACAGUUGGUGGACGCCCCGCCCUGACAGAGAAAUCUCUCAGCAAAGACGUCCUCUAUAGAGAUGCGGAUAACGUGUGGAAUAAGUUGACAGAAAUGCCAGCAAAGAGCUUCAAUCAGUGUGUGGCAGUCUUGGAUGGCUUCCUGUAUGUGGCGGGUGGUGAGGACCAGAAUGACGCAAGGAACCAGGCUAAACACGCUGUCAGCAACUUCUGCAGAUACGACCCCCGCUUCAACACUUGGAUUCACUUGAGCAACAUGAUCCAGAAGCGCACGCACUUCACCCUCAACAUCUUCAACGGCCUCCUGUUUGCCAUCGGGGGGCGAAACGGUGACGGCGUUCAGGCCUCCGUGGAGUGCUACGUGCCCUCCUCCAACCACUGGCAGAUGAAAGCUCCCAUGGAGGUGCCCCGCUGCUGCCACGGCAGCUCCCUCAUCGACGGCAAGAUCCUCGUAACGGGAGGCUACAUCAACAACGCCUACUCCAGGGCCGUGUGCUCGUACGACCCCUCCACCGACACCUGGCACGACAAGAGCAGUCUGAGCACACCUCGAGGCUGGCACUGCGCUGCCACCGUGGGGGACCGGGCGUACGUCAUCGGCGGCAGCCAGCUGGGAGGCCGGGGAGAGAGGGUCGACGUCCUCGCCGUCGAGUCUUACAACCCUCACGGCGGGCAGUGGAGCUACUGCACCCCCCUCCGCACGGGAGUGAGCACGGCCGGUAUUUCCAUUUCGAACAACAAGGUGUAUCUCCUCGGAGGCUGGAACGAGGGAGAGAAGAAGUACAAGAAAUGCAUUCAGGUUUACAAUCCUGACCUCAACGAGUGGACUGAGGAUGAUGAAUUGCCAGAAGCAACGGUCGGCAUCUCGUGCUGCGUCGUCACCAUACCCACAAGAAAAACCCGGGAGUCCAGAGCCAGUUCAGUGUCUUCUGCACCAGUCAGCAUAUAAAAGUCGAGAUAGUAAUAGUCUAGUUUACAUGUCUAAAGGUCUCCAGCAUUUCCGUUGAAUAAAUAUUGGUUCUAAGCUUUACCAACGAUCCCCUUUUUCGGGAUCUAAGAUGAUAAUUAUUUAGUCAACUUUCUUCAGAUGGGAAAAAGGUAAUAACAUGGAUGCAUGUUCUUUUGAAAAAGCAAUUUACGGCCUUGAAACACAUUUUCAGUAUUCAUAGUUAUAGGCGUUAUUUAUGUUGCAGAACAUUUUUAAAUCAAAUGUAGCAAUAACCAAUAUUUAUUAAUUUCAGACAAAUUUUGGGGCCAACUCAGUUGACGUAAUAUCCUAACCAUUUUCUAUGACAAAUAUAAUGUCAUUUAAAACCCAAAUGAAAGAUAAAUCCGUAGCAUGAUUGCCUUUUUUUUAUCCAGUGUCUGCAAAAUAGUUAUUACCGGUGACGGAUCUUGUGACAGCCGUGUUUAUGUCAACUAUAGCUUCUGUGAUUCUCAGGUACUCAAACAGAAUGAUGAGCUGAAGCUGAAAUGAAUAUUCACAUCACCUCCCAGGAGCAGUAAGGCCACAGUCUCUCUACAUGUAUUUCAUGCAGUUGUCUUGUCGCGUCUGUGGUGUGAUUUUUAAAAGCACUAUUGCUGCGAAGAAAUUGUUGAUUAUGUUGGGGAAAUGUUGGGAUGAUGAGAGUUGAAUGGGUUUAGAUGUAACAGCAAUACAAUAUUUUGUAAAAAGAAAAAAUAGAAGUUGGGAAUGACGAUGUCAGCCUGAGCUUUCCUGGAAUUCAUGGGUCCACUGACUGCUCAUGUCUUUGCAUUUUUUGUUUUUAAAUUAAAGAGAUGAAUUGAAGCCUC